CAUCCAUCCUCUAAGAAGAUCAAGAAAACGACAGAAUCUUGUCAAACUCAUUACAAAUCACUACCUUUUUUAUGUUGUGGCUUUUUACAUGGAUUUUUGAUGUAUUGAAACAUUAAUUGAAAACUCUUCAGUCAGCAUAAUCUAAAGAAUUUUUUCUUAGAUCGUUGUGUGGCAAACAACAGUCAUGAAGGGAUUAUAUUUACUAUUUGGAAUUUUAUGCUUUAUAUAUUACACUUACUCAAGGCCUAAUGGGUCUCCAAAGGACUCUUGCUUUUACAUGACGCCCAGGCAUAUACAUCCACACACUUACAGAAGGGUUUUCCCGACAAAAGCAAUGGGACUUUAUAAUAUCACAACGUCGGCGGAUGUGUUUAGGCCAGACAGGCCAAUACGAGUUACAUUAUGGGGUCCACCUUUCAAAGGGUUCAUGAUGGUAGCUGCGGAGGAGGGUGCUAAAGAUUGGCCCACGGGUAUAUUUUAUAGCGAAGAUGGGGGCUGCAAACGAUUAAACUGUUUAGCACGUGGUGACACGGUGACGCAUCAAAAUAAUUCUUAUAAAGACUCCGUGUCUGUAUUAUGGUACGGUCCAGAAAAUAUGAUGUCAGAGCAAAUCCAAUUUAUAGCAACAGUUGUUGUGAAUUUGACGAUAUACUAUACAAAUAUUAGAUCAGGAAUGAUUCGACUUGAUCCCUCAUUACAUGCCACAGUUGAUCCCGAAGCAGCAGCUGGAGCCGGUGGCGAAGGAGGAGCACCUGUUGCGGUUACCAUGGAUCCCUGGCUGUCUGGACAGUCGGUCACUCAAGCCCCAGCCAACAUAUGGAGCAGUCUGAUUGGCGGUGCUGGCCGUGGUGCUGGUGCUGGUGCUGGUGCAGGCAACGGUUGGGGCUCAAAUACGGCAGGCAACACUGGCUGGGGAGCAGGAGGGAGUACCGGUGGUGGCUGGGGUGCUGCGAACGCGAACACAGGAAAUAAUGGAUGGGGAGCAAACACUGCAGGAGGGGGAAGCUGGGGUGCAAGUGGUGGGACUGGGGGAUGGGGUACCUCUCAGACUGGGACUGGUACCGGGGGAUGGGGCGCCCAGGGUGGUACAAACGGAUGGGGUAGUCCAAAUAAUCAAGCUGCAGGUGGUACCUGGGGUGGCAAUUCUGCCUCGUCUUGGGGAACUGGGGGCACUGGAACUGGUACUGGCACGGGCACUGGUGGCAGUUGGGGCACGAAUGGGGACUGGCAGCAAGUGAAUCAGGGAUCAGUGACAGCAAGUAGUUGGUCUCAGAGAGGGGCACAGUAUCAAAACGCUGACGGGAGUGUGGCAUGGAACAAUGGGCGGACGUCAUGGCAUGCGCCAGGAGACGGGAAACCCAUCUGGAACUGGAAUUCUGGGAAAAUUGUUACCACGCAAUCACCUUCCACAACACAAGCCCAACAAACGACAAAACCCGCAGGAGGAGCAGGAUCGACACCCGCUACGGCAUGGUCAGCACAAGCUUUAUUAGAACUUGUUCAAAGACUAGGAUUCGGUCCUGUUGCGAGAGGCCCAUAAUUCUUUUGCCAGUCUAUUUAUUAUGUUUACAAAAGCUCAGUAUUCUGUGAAGAGUCUGUUGAGAUAAGCAUUCAACGCUAAUCAAAUUUCACUUAAUAGCUCUUGUGGUUUAAAAUAAAGUGUGCUGGCGUUUAAAAUAGGAAUAAAACCUUGACCAACAAUAUAACGUUAUGUAAUUUUACUUCAAAAUAGGGAAACAGUCGCCCGGGAUCCGAACGUACUAUCACCCGUUUGUUGUAUUGUAAUUUACCUACGUAGAUAAUCGGUCAGGCCUAACUUGUUCGGGAAUAUUGACGAAAUUGUUAUCACAUUGGACUCUUCUUUGAAUUUAUAGGUGUCGGAAGUUACGUAAUAUAUAUGUAUACAUAUAAAUUCAGUAAAUAACAUAAGUGCAAAUUUAAACAGCAUACCUGCAUAAGAAAAUAAAAUGAGCCGUGCCAUGGGAAAACCAACAUAGUGGGUUUGCGACCAGCAUGGAUCCAGACCAGCCUGCGCAUCCGCGCAGUCUGGUCAGGCUCCAUGCUGUUCGCUUUUAAAGCCUAUUGGAAUUGGAGAAACUGUUAGCGAACAGCAUGGAUCCUGAUCCUGCGGAUGCGCAGGCUGGUCUGGAUCCAUGCUGGUCGCCAACCCACUAUGUUGGUUUUCUCAUGGCACGGCUCAAAUGCUUUGUAGAUCUCUUCCUGAAGCGGGAACAUACUGGGUAUUCGAACAAAUGUGAUCUUUAAUUUCGUUGAAUUACGUAUCAUUUUGUUGGAAUUUUAUUAAAAGUUAAAGACAAUAAUGUACACCUCGAUUUGCUUCUGACUAUUUUCACAUUUUAUUUUUAAAACUGAUUUAUUAUAUCUCCUAACCGUAUGUAAGAACAGGGUAGUUGGAGUCACUAUGUACAUGUGCAAUUUUUGUCAUACUGAUGUAAGUUCCACAAAUAUGUACGUAGCGCUUAAUAAAACGGCGUAUUAAUACAUUUCUGUCUAUAUACCAAGUUCCAUUCGUCCGACUGCCGCACUGUCUACUCUUUCUGACUUUUUUUUCCCCGCAAACCUUUUUAUUUGUUUUAUUUCACUGUUUUUGUUGGUUUUCUAUUUCUGUUAAACAUUUAAGUAAAUUGUGUUCACAGUUACAAAAUGUACAUAAUUUCUCCGAUAUGACUCAAAUAGUAUGGCCAGUAAAUGGUAGUCAAUUCAGAACAGUUUAGUGACAGAAAUUACAAACAAAAUAUUUGUCGUAAGCUUGCAUAAAUCAACAGCUGCAUGCCUUGUUAAUUGUAUUUCUAAUUUAUUUUGAGUUUUCUCCCCAUUGCAAUAAGUAGCUUAUUGUAUUUUUCUUGUAUUUUGCAGAUUUGCUGCAUGGCUUUUGAUGUUACAACCGCUGUUUGUGUUUGCACGACGCUUCAUCGCACAUCAUACGUCACGCUUUGCAUGUUUACGUCUUAAAAAAACAAAUUGGUUCAGCGACACAAAAUUAUUACCAUACUCGCUUUAUACAUGUUAUUGUCUUGUUUAUAUCAUCAUAUUUUUUUAAAUGCAUGGCUUGACAGUUGUACAUUUUAUUACACAUACCAUUACUAAAUGCACAUAUGUUUUCGUAACGAAACUUAACCCUAACGUAAGUGCGUAUUGAAAAAUUACACCACCCAUCUGGGUCAUUUCGACUACAAAUGCACAAUGUCUUGCAUGCUAUUUUUCAUUUUUUAAACCGCACGCGACGCAAAAGGUAAUUGAAGAUGCAGACAUCUAUAAAGUAAUGAGUGCAAAAAAACAUUUGCUUUAUUUACUGUGUAACAUCAAAAGAAAGGGAAAAGGUGAAAAUAAUUUUCAAGUCGUCUGUUCCCCGCGCUGCGGUCUAAUUACAUUACUAUAGAAACGGUACUACUAAUGAAUGAUGACACUUUUAAUCGCAUAUUUUUUCUUUGUCUUCGUAAUUGCGUACAGGCGUAAAAGGCACACUAUAAAUGCUUUCAAAGUUCAAGGUCAGCAAAUGUCAAAAUGGUUGUUCAUGUAACAUAUGUGUUUGCCUUUUACGUAUAUUUUGUUUCAACAAUAUAAAUUAUUUGAAAAUAUUAAAUACAUUACUUUAAACGUU